UGAAUUGUCACCUAACAGGGUUGACAAGACUCAAAGAAAGCGCAUUGACAAGAUCCUUCGGAGGAGCUCCUUGCCCCGCAUGGAAAGGAUCACCAGCCCAGCGCAUAGAAUAGCGGGGAAGAGGUGCAUGGUCCCUCUCGUUCAUCCUGGCAUCCGGCAGUUCAGCCUUAAAAGCAGCCACCCCUUCUGUUUUUCAAGGCAUCUAGAUUGUCGCAAACCUCGGUUCAUGUGUGAUUUCAAACAACCGCUUCUUCAGGAUGCUCCGCUUCUCAACAUCUCCACUUCUUGCCGGCUUGGGUCGCGCCUGGCGCAGUCUCCUGACCGGCCGAUCGUAUCAUGCCAAUGCGACUCAUUCUCAAAUACGAUGGCGGAGAGGGGAAGACAUGGGUUUCAACCGAGGAGACACAUGGGCAAAAAACAGACUACGGCAUCCUGUCUUUCAAGUGGACAUGUCGGAAGGUGAGGACGAGGGGCUGCAUAGCAAAAAUGGGUUUAUGAAGAUAAAACGGAGACCUAUAUAACUCACCAG